AUGAAGCUCCCCGAAUGCUCGCACUCAUCUAGCAUCCUCCUGCUCUUCACAAGUCUCGUCCAGCCAUCUGCCACCCGCUAUUAUGCCGCCCUGAGCGACUCAUACGCGGCAGGUGACGGUGCCGGGAGUCCUCGCCUACCACCGCACCGCGAAUUUGGCUGUGGCCGAUUCGACGGUGCCUACCCCGUGCUGCUCGCCAACAAUUUCUCCCUGUUGAUCCCUCCCUCGGGCUUCACCAAUGUCGCGUGCGGUGGCGCUUCCAGCACCAGCGUGCGCACGACCCAGGUACCAUACAUUGGGGACGCCGACUUCGUGACGGUGACGGUGGGCGGUAACGAAAUCGACUUCUUCGUGGUUCUGAAUGCUUGCGUGCAUCAGUGGUUUCCGGGUGGUGACUGCGACGCUGAAAUCGUGCGGGCCAGGGAGGCUGUCCAAGCGGGCACUCUUCUGAGGAGGUAUGGCGAAAUGAUUGCGGCGGCAAAGAAAACCAUGAAAGACGAUGCUAGGCUCCUCGUCACUGGGUACGCGCGAUUCUUCAACUCCCAGACGACACAGUGUGAUCAUGUGAGUUUCAGUAGGCGCGACCCAGACCGAGUUUUGAGCCGGGAGAUGCGAGUACAGUUCAACGCGAUUGUGGGAAUGCUGAACGACGUUAUCGAAGCAAGCGCAGAAGCUCACGGCGCAAGUUACGUCGACAUCGAUCAAGUCUUCGAUGGACACAGAUUCUGUGAGGAGGGAGUUGUGGAACCGUCAAGCACAAACCAGACGUGGUUCUUCAAUCUCGAAUACCCGCAGCCACGCACCGCACCGAGCGCUGGUCAGCACGUUCUACCGGGGCCCAUUAAGGACUACCUCGAUAUGACUCGCGCCUUCCAUCCUAAUGCUCUUGGACACAAGGCAAUUGCCGAGAAAAUCGCUCAAUUAAUUCUCAACCGAUGA